CGCAUAUGUUUGCUGCGCACAAACAUUUCGAAGUCAGUCUUUUUAACGAUUUCCAACGUUACGGUUGCGACUUUUUGUAAGCUUUUUUUUUGCUCUCUGAAAGAUUUAGUUGAGACCACGAUUACGCGAUCACUAAUUCCAAGUAUUAUAUCUGCUGCAUCAUCGCACCUCCAGUCUGCCGCUGCGGUCCACUCGUCUGUUGUUUAUAUCAAAAUAAAUAAAGCGCCAAUUCAUUCAUCACUCAGCAUUCAUAUAUAAAUAAAACAAAACAAAAAAGCAAAUUUCGGAAUUUAAACGUAGUAACACUCACCCAAGCGCAUUACCAAAGAGCUUUCAACCGCCAACUCUACACCAACUACUAAGUACCAGUCUCCUCUGCUCAUAUUUCAAUUAAACUACACAAAUGUGGCCUGAGAAUGUUGGCAUACGCGCCAUUGAGGCGAUCUUCCCUUCACAGUAUGUGGACCAAACGGAAUUGGAACAAUUUGAUGGCGCGUCGGCGGGUAAAUACACCAUCGGUUUGGGUCAGGGGAAAAUGGGUUUCUGCUCGGAUCGUGAAGAUGUGAACUCACUGUGCCUAACUGUGGUCACACGCCUGCUGGAACGCUAUCAAAUUAAGCCACAAGAAAUCGGACGGCUGGAGGUCGGUACAGAAACCAUUAUUGACAAAUCGAAAUCAGUGAAAUCGGUGCUAAUGCAACUGUUCGCCGAUUCGGGCAACACAGAUAUCGAGGGACUCGAUACAACGAACGCCUGCUAUGGCGGCACAGCGGCGCUCUUCAACUCAAUCAACUGGAUUGAAUCGUCCAGUUGGGAUGGUCGUUAUGCGUUGGCAGUUUGUGCCGAUAUUGCUGUGUACGCGAAGGGUGCAGCACGGCCCACAGGUGGCGCUGGCGCCAUUGCCAUGUUGGUGGGUCCUAAUGCGCCGCUCGUCUUCGAACGUGGUCUACGCGCAACACAUAUGGAACAUGCCUACGAUUUCUAUAAGCCCGACUUGAGUUCGGAGUAUCCCACAGUGGAUGGUAAAUUGUCGAUACAAUGCUAUCUCUCCGCAUUGGACACAUGCUAUCAGCUGUACCGCAAGAAGUUUGCGAAAAAAUAUCCACAAGAGGCUGAAUUUACUUUGGAUAACUUCGAAGCACUGCUCUUCCACACGCCCUUCUGCAAGUUGGUGCAAAAAUCUGUGGCGCGUGUUGUCUUCAAUGAUUUCCUACAAUGCAGUCCUGAGAAGCGUGCACUUAAAUAUCCGGGCUUAGAGCGUUUCAACGAUGCUACGCUGGAGAAAACCUACUUCGAUCGCGAUGUCGAGAAGGCGUUCAUGACACAAUUCGCCGGCGCCUUCGAAACGAAAACACGCCAAUCCUUGCUGCUGGCCAAUCAAGUGGGCAACAUGUACACGCCGUCGGUGUACUCGGGGCUCGUUUCAUUGCUGAUCAAUACACCAACCGAACAGUUGGUGGGCAAACGCAUUGGUCUAUUCUCGUAUGGCUCCGGUUUGGCGGCCACAAUGUACUCUAUACAGGUGACAAAGGAUGCAGACGCCUUCAAGCAACUCGUAUCCAAGCUGGAUUAUGUUUUGCCACUCCUGAAUUCACGCGAGAAAGUCGCACCCGAGGAGUUCUCCCAACUGAUGGAGGUGCGCGAGAAGAACAAUCAUGCGGCGCCAUACACGCCGAGCGGCAGCGUGAGCGCGCUUUUCCCCGGCACCUAUUACCUCAAGUCCGUGGACGACAUGCAUCGGCGUACAUACGAACGUAAGCCGACCAUCGCGAAUGGUGUGCAUUAAUAGCGGUUGGUAAAGGGCGUGCGCGUGGGCGUGGCAGAGUGCCGACAUUGGUGGCGGUGUAGACUUGGCACGCGGCUGGUGGAUAUUUUGGUGCUACAUUGCAUGGUGUAUGAGGGAAUUUUGGGCGCCAUACGCAGUGCUUUAAGUUAGAUUUAGUUAAG